CGUACCUGGACAGCGCGGCCGUGGGGCAGACCGGGGUCAUCCGCAGCGUCACGGGCGGAAUGUGCUCCGUUUACCUCAAGGACAGCGAAAAAGUCGUCAGCGUCUCCAGCGAACACCUGGAACCCGUCACCCCCACCAAAAGCAACAAAGUGAAGGUGAUUUUGGGCGAAGACCGGGAGGCCACCGGGAUUUUGCUGAGCAUCGACGGCGAGGACGGAAUUGUUCGAAUGGACCUGGAGGAGCAGCUCAAAAUCCUCAACUUGCGUUUCCUGGGGAAGCUUCUCGAGGCUUGAGACCCCCAAAAUCCCCUCCAAAAAAACCCCAGACCCUUUUUUCCCCCAUUUUUCCCCUUUUUUUCCCAUUUUUUUCCCAUUUUUUCCCCUUUUUUUCCCGUUUUUUUCCCGUUUUUCCACAUUUUCUGCCUCUCUCCGCUGUUUUUUUGUCCCCCCAUUUAUUGUAACGAGGUUUUAGGUAUCAAAUAAAGAACUGGGGGUGCAGCACCCGCUCGUUUU